UAUGCCAUCUGGACGGCCGUCUGGGUCACCUGGAACAUCUUCAUCAUCUGCUUUUAUUUGGAAGUUGGCGGCCUUUCCAAGGACAGCGAGCUCUUGACCUUCAACAUCUCCCGACAUCAGUCAUGGUGGAGUGAGAAUGGUCCUGGCUGUGUCAGAAAAGAGACCCCCAUGGCUGGCCUCAAGGGCCUGGACAGCCAUUCCUACGUUUCUGUGAUUGGUUGCGCUUUGGAGUAUCGCUACAUCGAAGUGAUGCAUAGUGCGUUGCAGAUUCUGGUGGCGCUCGUGGGCUUUGUCUAUGCCUGUUAUGUUGUCAGUGUUUUUACGGAAGAAGAAGACAGCUUUGAUUUCAUUGGUGGAUUUGAUCCUUUCCCUCUCUACCAUGUCAAUGAAAAGCCCUCCAACCCUUUGUUCAAGCAGACGUACCUGCCUGCGUAAGUGACAAGGAUUCAGAGACUGGAUGGACAGAUGUCAACCAUCUGGAAUGCAAAUACUGAACAACUCAUUUGAGUGGCAGAAAAACAGCAGCAACGGCAAAAGGAUGGCGAGCACAAGGAGGACACACACACACAGAGAGAGAAAUACAUGCAUGGGGUCAGUUCUUUGAGCAGUUGCCAUUCCAGCCAAAAUACUGCUUUGCUCGUCAGCCGUUCAUGCCGCUUCUGCAUCCAUUUGCUGGCUCGUUAGAGGACUUGUAGGUUUUGCUGUGAACAAACGGAAGUGGGAGGGGGUGAAAAUACUCCCAAUCCACUACCCUGUUCCUUGCUCCCACUUCUUUGAGACCCUCCACUGAGAACGAAAGACAAUAGUUGGAAAAUAUACACGUGAUGGCAUUACAUUCCAUUUUGGAAGAAUCAUCCUUGAAUGCACUAGCUUCGGAGAUUUUGUGGCACAGAUGUUUCGUUGCUAUAAACGGGCCAAUUCCACCCACCCAGCCAUGACAUCUGCUCUCAAACAAUUAUUUCUGUAAUGGACACAUGGCUAGUUGAACUUACCUGAUCCUUGGUAUUUUUCUAAGUGUCACAGGGAAAUUAUUUACAAUCCUGUUUUCAUGUCUUACCUUCACCCACUGGGUUGUUUUCCACCUUCAGGUCUACCACCUGCAGGGAAGCCAAACCUGGCUGAAUACCUUCCUGGAUUUCCAGCAGACAAGACGGAGAUGCUGCAACCUUCAUCCAGUUGCUAGAUUCAUCUCUGGUCCACUGCAAAAGACAACCCCGAUAUCGUCGUUGUGUAUUAUGUUGUAAUAAUAAUCAUGUGUUACUUUUGACUCGUCGCGACCCUUUGCGGGGUUUUCCAGAUAGGGAAUACUCAAAAGUAGUUUACCGUUCCCUUCUUCUGGGGCUGCCCUGCCAUCCUGUGCAGCUUGCCCAAGGACACACAGGCUGGCUCUACUUGCCCCAGGAGACAUAGUGGGUAAAUCAAACUCACAACGUCUGGCUCCGCAGCUAGAUACCUAAACAAUGAGCUGUAAGUUGGAACUAAAGAAAUGUGUUUUCACAAAUGAGAUUAGAGAUGCCACAUAUGGGGCAAAAAGUCUCCUCUUCCGUGGCUUGGACAUUUUAGCUUUUUCGGACAGCAGUUCUCAAAAUUGGCCAGCUAGUUGGCCACUAGGAGGUCUGGGACUACUAGUCUACCCAAGACAAAUGACUACUAACCAUGCAGGUCCACUGGGCCCAUUGGACGUGGCAGCUGCCUUCUACUCAACGAGACCAAAUGUGCCACCAACGGUGUGAACGUUGACUUGCAACAGCACCCUCUCUGUGUCAUUGUGGAUCUUAGAAGAGAAAUGGCCAAGGACUGAAUCUCUCUCCGUGGCUUCUGCAUGUUUUGUCCUUGAGUGAUUUCCCCUCCUUACUGCUUGCAUGUCAACAACGUUCUCAAUAAAAAACAUGCCAUCAUAAGGAGCCACUAAGGAGGGAGGGAGGAGGACCUAGGCAACUGGUUCCUAAAACGUUUGGCAGUUUUCAUCUCCACAUUUCUGACAAGGUGCCUUUGCAGCUGAUAAGUGAGAUCUUGCCACAAAUCAUGGAAUGGUAUGGUUGGGAUUCCAGUCACUCCGUUUUAAUCCUCCUCUUGGUUUUAUAUCCCAAAGGCUGAUUGCAUUCCAUGGCCUCUGAGUACUCUUUAUUUUGGCUUCUUCCUCUAUGCCUUUGGUCCUUCUCCACAUUCUUCAAUACUUCUGCAGAACUAGGAAUUCCCACAAGGCUCCUGAUACCUGUCUUUUUGGAAUUUUUUUGGGCUGUAUGAACCACAACACGCAUCACCUAGAUGCUGGAUUCCUGCCUUGAUCAGGGAGUUGGACUUGAUGGCCUUAUAGGCCCCUCCCAACUCAAUUAUUCUAUGUGGCAAAUAUGGAUGAAGAUCACACUUUACAAACGCCGUUGACUUUGCCACUGUUCCCAUCCUCUGAACAAGACUCGGGUUGGCCUGUGCUGGAGAAACGUCUGCGUUGUCCAAGCCUUCAGUUUUGAACUAUAAUGUUAAGCCAUCCCUUCUGAGAUCUCGAAAAAUUGAUGACCGUUUUGCACCUCUGAGGCCAGAUCCCAGAGACAUUUUGUCCGUGGGGACACCAAACUCUAAUCGUGGUGCAGUUGGAAGCAAAUUAAAUGGCCUUACGAGUACAUGCAACGAAAUAGAAAAGCUGAUCUUGUUGUAACUCCACCAGAUUCUCCACAUGGGUUAGACAACCAGAAAUAUUAGAUCUUUCUUUUUCUUACCAUGGCCACAUCUUUCAUCUCACAGUCUUUAUUCCUAGAUAGCUCCCAGGGUUGGGAGUCUUUCCAAUAUUGCAGCAGAGCCAUGACUGAGAGAGUCAGAUCUUAGCUGCAGUCCUCACUUAGGUGGGUUCAGAAUGGAUUUUCCCGGGCAAGGUUGUAACCAAGGCAGAGCAAGUGGGGUUUUUCCCCACGGCACCAACCUUUAGCAGGGGGUGAAAUCUAGAGAUGAAUUUACUAGUGUCUGGAGGAUAAACCACUACAUGGCUCACCUUUACUCACUUCCCCUUUUUCAGAAAAAGAAUAAUAUAUUCUUUGGGGUAGUGGGAUUUUUCUAUUAUAGAUACAUUAUUUGUAUUCUUUCUUUGCCCUUCUUUUCACAUACAGAGGAAAGGAAUGGAUAAAGUUAUGGAGGUGAGGUUUAAUUUAGUCCUGCCGGCGCACCGGCAUGCUCUGCCACCAAAUUCCAGCCGAUGAGGAGCAACAAGAGAGAACCCACUGGCCUUUCUUUUGUUCUUACUAAACUGCUCACCCCUGCUAGAAACAGAAGGCCAAACUAGAUGGGCCGCUGACCUGAUCCUACAAGAGCACUUUGUUUGGUCUGAUGCUUGCUUUCAUAGGCACGGGAAAACGAAGAGCCAUCGUUCCAACAUCUGAGGUCUUUUCCCAGGUUGUCCUUCUGAAAGGGUUCAAAGGGUGUUGGCAACAGUGAGGAUCUUGUAGGUCAGUGGUCCCCAACC